AUGACUCCGCUUCGGCUGGUGGUGGCGCUGCUGGCGAUCAGAAUCGUCUCAUCUGUGUGCCCCAAUUGUUACGGAGACGAAAACACAGUCCCACAAAAUCAGUGCGACGAGAAUGAGGAUUACGGAUGCGCUAGACAGUGCGAACCCACUUGUGAUAGCGCUAAGAUAUGCGGAGAAGUCCCGGGAUGUCCUCGGAUGACAUGCAGAUGUGCUAAUGGUUAUGUUCGAGCUUUUGACAGCUCCUGUAUUGAGCCUUACCGAUGUUCAAAUGUACCCGCUCGCGAUGACUUGAAAGCCUACAAACCUUCUAAAGGACCAACUCCCGCCAGCGAUACAUUCCAGCAAAUUGCCGGACGAGUGGUUGAUGCCACUCGAAGACUCGUUAACAACCUCAUUUGCGGUCCCGGUGGCUGUUCACUACCGUCAAGCAUGCCAGGACCUGGGCCCGCUCCACCUCCUCGAAUGGUUUACAUCCCACGACCUUACUACCCCAUAGUUUAUCCACCAGCUCGACCGAGCUAUCCGACUCCAUCUCCACCUGCAUAUACUCCGGCUCCUCCCGCAUACAGCCCAUCUCCUCCUAGUUAUCGACCUGCUCCCCCAAGUUAUAAUCCAGCUCCGCCAACAUACAAUCCUGCGCCACCAAGUUAUCGUCCUUCUCCUCCCGUCUAUACUCCCGCUCCACCAGCGUACACUCCAUCUCCUCCUGCAUACACUCCAGCUCCUCCUGCGUACACCCCAGCUCCUCCCAGUUAUCGACCUGCUCCCCCAAGUUAUAAUCCAGCUCCGCCAACAUACAAUCCUGCGCCACCAAGUUAUCGUCCUUCUCCUCCCGUCUAUACUCCCGCUCCACCAGCGUACACUCCAUCUCCUCCUGCAUACACUCCAGCUCCUCCUGUAUAUACUCCAGCCCCUCCUGCGUACACCCCAGCUCCUCCUAGUUCUGUCUAUAUUCCUGGGCACCCUGUGUACGGCUCUGUUCCGAUUCCAUAUUCUCCAGUCGCUCCUCCUAUGUCAUACCUUCCCGGUUAUUCUCCUUCUGUGGUGUACAUACCUGUCAGCUUGUACCAAUCUGGUCCGCUACCUCCCACAUACGUCGCACCACCGGUUUACCAACCCAGUCCUCCAUCUUCCUCAGCGAAGUACAAACCAUCGGUGACACCCGGAACUACAACAACGACACCGGCACCGAGAUACACUCCUGCUUAUUCACCUACCCCGAAAUAUACUCCACCUCCCACCUACAAACCGUCGCCUCCGGCGUAUAGACCAGGUCCACGAAGGCCUCAACCGCCUGCUUAUUCUCCUCCUACACCAAGAUACACUCCUGCACCAAAAACUCGACCAUACAAGGAUAGUGGGAACGUGAUCUCUGACAACAGCAUUCCUUAUGUUUAA